GGCCGGCAGGACCAAUGCCCAGGCCGAGCCGGGCAGCCAGAAGAUGAGCAGGCUGCUGGGGGGGACCCUGGAGCGGAUCUGCAAGGCUGUGCUGCUUCUCUGUCUGCUGCACUUCCUCAUCGCUGUCAUCCUCUACUUUGACGUCUAUGCCCAGCACCUCGACUUCUUCAGUCGCUUCAGUGCCCACGGCCGCCGAACCGCCGCUCGCUCGUUGCACCCCGCGGCUGCCACGGGCGUUGGCACCAACUGCUCCCGGCCCAACGGCACAGCGCCCAGCUCGGAGGCUCCUAGCCCCCGGCUGGACGCCAACCACUCAGUCACCACGAUGCCCCUUCCCCCGUGCCCUGACGUGCCGCCUGGGUUAGUGGGCCGGCUGCUGAUUGAGUUUAGCUCACCCAUGCCAAUGGAUCGGGUCCAGCAGGAGAACCCUGGCGUGCAAGGGGGGGGCCGCUAUGCCCCCCCCGACUGUACCCCUCGGCAAACCGUGGCCAUCAUCAUUCCCUUCCGCCACCGGGAACACCACCUUCGGUACUGGCUGCACUACCUGCAUCCCAUCCUGCGGCGGCAGCGGCUGCGGUACGGCAUCUACGUCAUCAGUCAGCAUGGCGAGGACACGUUUAACCGGGCCAAGCUCCUCAACGUUGGCUUCUUAGAGGCACUGAAGGAGGACCCUGCCUACGACUGCUUCAUCUUCAGUGACGUGGACUUGGUGCCCAUGGAUGACCGCAACCUCUACCGCUGUGGGGAACAGCCUCGUCACUUUGCCAUUGCCAUGGACAAGUUUGGCUUCCGACUGCCCUAUGCUGGUUACUUUGGGGGUGUAUCAGGUCUGAGCAAGGCCCAGUUCCUGAAGAUCAAUGGCUUCCCCAAUGAGUACUGGGGCUGGGGGGGUGAGGAUGACGACAUCUUCAACCGGAUUUCCCUCUCAGGGAUGAAGGUCUCCCGCCCAGACAUCCGCAUCGGCCGAUACCGAAUGAUCAAGCAUGAUCGGGACAAGCAUAAUGAGCCCAACCCCCAGAGGUUCACCAAGAUCCAGAACACGAAGCUGACCAUGAAGCGGGACGGCAUUGGUUCGGUGCAUUACCGAGUGCUCGAGGUGUCUAGGCAGCCACUCUUCACCAACAUCACCGUGGACAUUGGCCGGGCCCCGCCACGGCCGGCCCGAGGAUGACGCACACUGCCCAGGAGCUCGGGGUGUCCGUGGAGUGCAGGGGCAGGCGUGCCUGCUGGCCUGUGACUGACUUUGAGGAGCUGCCCCACUGGCUGUGGGCAUGAGGCCACCCUUCCCAGGGGGGGCUGGGCCAAGCAGGGCUGGCAGGGCGCCCUCAUGCCUCUCCUGGUGCGAGACUCGAGACUGCUCACCUGGGUGGCUUAGUGUUCAUUGGUUGGUCUGUCUGUCUGUCUGUCUGUCUGAGUCAGAAGGCUUCUUCCUGUUUUCUGACCUGCUGGCUCAGGGACCUGGGCUUCCUCACCACUGUGGGCUCCAGCUGGUGCCCCAGGGAGGGGGAGGGGCUCGCUCCUCCAGCCAGGCUGCCUGCCCUCCCCCCCAGCACCUCAGGUUCUAUCUAGGGGGGUGUUUUCUGGGGACACCGAGUCCAGGGGAGGCAGAGGUGACUCAGUACCACCUGGGGGGUUGGGAGUCUCCCACCUGCAUUUUGCCCCCCCCAGCCCAGCUGCCCUCUGCCUCACUGUCAGGGGACCCCUUGUGGCCCCCAACCCCACCACUGCCUGGCUGGCCUUAGGCAAGUUCCUUAACCGUUCUGGGCCUCAGUUUCCUCAUCUGUAAAAUGAGGGGGUUGGACUAUAUGAUCUUUGAGGUCCCUUCCCAGCUCUGAGAUCGUGUCCCUACUUCACCUCUCUGUGCCUCAGUUUCCCCAUUUAAAUCCCCAAUUCCUUGAGAGGGGGAGGAGCCAGCAUCACUACCCCUGGGCCCUCUUGAGAUGGAGGGCUCUCCCUGCCCUUGCCCAAGGGCCUGCGGGAGCAGAAGGAGGUAGAAUCUAGAAAGGGAUGAGCCCGGGCUCAGGCCCUCGCUACCAGCUUUGGGGCCCCCAGACUUGGGUCAGGGCCGUGGGAGGCUGGGCUGUUGUGUCCAUCUGAGGUGGCGGACUUGCAUGGGUCAGGGGCUGGGCAGGACAACCGAUGACAAAAACUAGGCCCCUGAUAGGGUAGGGGCCCCUCCCUCCCCUGCUUGGGGAUCUUUGUAUAUCACAUGGGAAUUGGUUUGAGUGCUUUAGUAAAAAACCUGAAGAGAA